AUGGAUCCGAAUAAUUACAACGACAUAGUAUACAGUCUAUAUAAACUGGGAAACGCAGGAGUUAACUACCAAGACGUGAGAUACAGACAGUUGCUGACAGCCCUGAACACAAUAAGGUCGAGGAGAGGAGAAAACGUAGCAGAGUUCACAAGUUUGACAGGAACGGGGCAAAACCCAUUCAACUCGAUACAGUUCCUAGCACUGCUUAACCAAAUAGACGCAUACGUUAACUACCUGACGAAGUCGCUGAAGAUUCCGAAGGCGCUGCUCUACAAGUACUACGAGGCGGAGCUGAUGGAGAUCAGCGACGUGUUCCACAGAAAAAAUGAGUUUUGGGGCCCAGGCUAUUUCUGGCUGGACUACAGAGAUAACCUGGAGCAGAACAAACUGUCCUUCUUCCUGGGAGCAAUCACGAACGUAAAGACGAUGACGCAGUACAUAAUACAAAACAACAACGCAAUACUGACAGGAAACACGACAGCGGACAAGGAACACAACGAACACAUACUGAGGAAGUUCGAACAGCUGUUCAAGGACAUAGGACUCUACGGAUACCUGUUGACAUUCUCGACGGACGAAAACAGCAGAAGAGGAGAUGAAGGCGGUGCAAAAACAGCCGAAAGUAGCACUCAGAACCAAACAGAAGAUAAUACGGAGGACGAUAAGCAGAGAGAGGGAAGAAUGGAUGUGGACGGUAGAGAGGCCAGGAAGGGGAUGAGGUACACGAAGGUGAUUAACACGGACGGAAGAGGAUCAGGAAACGAUGGAGAUGAUGAAACGAACUACGAAGAUGCGGAAAGCGGAGAAAGGACGCCGAGUAUGGAAAGCACAGUGAGUGAUUCCAAGCAGGCGAAAGUGGAAGGGUCACCAACACUGAAAGCAUCGGCAUCAGCACCGUUAUCACAAUCACAGUCACAGUUAGCUAGUGGAGGCACAGGAACAGGAGUAGGCGGAAACGCAAUCUCGCCAAAAAACUCGAAGUUGGUGAUAAAGAACUACGAACAAUCAGAAGCAGUAGAGAAUAGAGCUAAUGCACAGAAGAGACCAAGGCAAAUUAACGGCAACAUUGGAAGUGGCAUUGCUAGUGUUAGUGGAAGUGGAAGUAGGACACAACAAGUAAGCCAAAGAGGAAGUCCUGGAGAGAGGCACUUGGGAGGAAGAGAAGGAAUGAGAAUGAACAUGACAAUAAGAAAGUACGACUUCGAAAAGCUGCUGAUGGACAUACUGAAGCUGGAAAAAAAAAUUAACCUCCUCCUGCUGCAGAAAAAUGUUAAGUCGAUACUGAACCUGACGAGACUGACGAAUAAAAUGUACGCAAACAACAUCUACAGUAACGAAAACACGAGAGUAGAGUACAAGAGGAACCUGAUGGAACACAUAAAAAACAGUAACCAGGCACACAAGGAGAGAUACAGACUGAAGAGAAAGUUCAUGCAGCUGGCGAACAAGUACGUAUACAAUAAGACGUUCUGUAACAUGGCGGACAAGGAAAAGGCCAACGACAAUAUAAGAAUGACAAUACAGAAGGAUAAGAAAAAAAUAUACCUUAACGUAAUAGCAACACUAGAAGAAAGUAAGAAGCAGGACGCGAGGAACGAAGAAACGAGUAAAAUAGAAGAAAACGUGUAUGCAAACAUGCCGCCAUCAAUAGCAGGGAAGCUGAGAAACUAUCAGCUUCAGGGAUUGACCUGGCUAGUGUCACUGUACAACAACAAACUUAACGGCAUCCUGGCAGAUGAAAUGGGACUGGGAAAGACGAUACAGACAAUAGCACUGAUAAUAUACCUUAAGGAAAACAAAGGAAUAAGUGGACCACAUAUAGUAUUGGCACCAAUGUCGACACUGCACAGUAACUGGAAAAAUGAGUUUGAAACAUGGUUUCCAACCUGUAAACCAUUGACACAUUGCUAUGCUAAUGGUACUAACAACACAUUGCCAUUAGUACUAGUUAGCUACCUACAGAUUACCAUGAUAGUGAUACAAGUUAGCUAUCGUGAUAGUGAAAACAGCAAUAAAUACGAAUGCAGGGAGUGGAGAAAAAGUCUGAGGCAGAAGUGGUAUGAGGGAAACAAGCUGACGUUUGACGUCUUGUUGACGACUGACUCCUUCAUACUGAAGGACAGAGUGUUCCUGAAAAAGGUGUGCUGGGAGUACCUGAUAGUGGACGAAGCACACAGACUGAAGAACCCAAACUCGAAGCUGGUGAAGGUGUUGAACCAGUAUUUUAUAUCAAAUAGAAGACUACUGCUAACAGGAACGCCACUGCAAAAUGAUUUGAAUGAGCUGUGGUCACUGCUUAAUUUCAUCAAGCCACAAAUAUUUAACGAUAACAACUACUACUAUCAGUUGUUCAGUCUGUCACUAAGUAGCCUGGUGAGAAGGUACGACGACUGCGUGCUGUUUACAGAAGAGGAGCAGUUGGAAAUAAUAAACAGAAUACACAAGGUGCUGAAGCCGUACCUGCUGAGAAGAGAGAAGUUGGAAGUGCUGGAGGAAGUCCCGAGAAACGACGAGUUCAUAGUCUGUUGCCCAAUGAGCGGAGUGCAGACGAGACUGUACGAGUUCCUGGUGCUCAAAGAUACGCCGCAAAACAGGUUCCUGCAGCUGAGGAAGAUAUGCAAUCACCCGUACCUAUACGCGAACAACGCCUACCCGUGUAAGAGAGAUGAUAUAUAUAGUGUAGAUGAUUGCCAACGCGACGAUAUGCUAAUAGCGAGUUCGGGAAAACUGUGUAUGCUAGAUCUGAUACUCUCGAGACUGUACGAAGUGAGUCACAGAGUGCUCAUAUUUAGUCAAAUGACGUCAAUGUUGGACAUUCUCGAAAUAUAUUUGAGUUAUCGCAACUAUAAGUUCCUGAGGUUGGAUGGAAGCACGACGAGUGAGAAGAGGCUGGAGCGCCUGAACCUCUUCAACAAGCCAAACAGCGAAUACUUUGUAUUCAUACUCUCGACGAAGGCAGGGUCGCUAGGAAUAAAUCUACAAACAGCCGACACAGUAAUUAUAUACGAUUCGGAUUGGAAUCCACAGAAUGAUCUGCAAGCACAGUCAAGAGUACACAGAAUAGGACAGAAAAAUAAAGUCAUAUCGCUGAGAUUCAUAACACCAAACACAAUAGAAGAAAACAUACUUAAGUCAACAGGAAUUAAACUGAAUCAGAAUCAAUUAAUAAUAAAGUCAGGAUCGUACCAAGAAUUAGGAGAAACAUCAGACGAUGAUGAACAGCUGAAAAGUGUAUUUAACCUGAGAAACGAAUACACGGAAGAGUAUGGAAUAAGAUGUGUGGAGUUAUUGAAUAAGAUACUGACGAGGUCAGAAGCAGAUGCAGAAGCGUUCAAGUACGUGGGAUACAAAAACUUCAUAAUUAACCCGUUCCCGCUGAUAAAACAUAGAGUGGUACCGCCGUUUCUGUUAAAAACAAUAUCGGCAAAUAAAAGAUUUCAACUCACAGGUAAGAAGAGGAGAAUGAAUGGAGAUAAGAUGAAAAUGAGUCUUGAUAAAAAUACAUGGGAUAAUCUAUGUGACGACUAUAACAUAUACGCAGCGAAGCCAACAGAACAAUGUAAAAUGAAUUACAUAACAAACAUAGAAAAUUCUAAAGUAAGCGUAGAAGAUAAAAAUAAGUUGAAACUGGAUGUGUUUAAACAUAUAAUAACAAAUCUGUCAAUAGAUUACCCAGUAGAAUAUUUGGCAAAAUUAAAUGAAGAAUUAAAUGCAGAUGUGUUUAAAUGGAUAUUGAUAGAAAAUGAAAAAGAAAAGGAAAGGGAAAAAGAACAAUAUGAAUUAAAAGGAAAAAUAAAAGAAAAUGAAAAUAGAGAAGAAAAUAACAGAAGAAUAAUAAUAAAUAAAGCAAUAAGAGAAGAAGUUACAAAAAUAAUGAAUAGUAAAACAUAUCAUGAAUUCAAUGAUGUGCCAAAUAGAUCACAAAUAAAAGAUUAUUAUGAUAAAAUUAGUAAUCCAAUAAGCCUGAGAGAGAUACUGACAAUGUCGAAGGAAAAUAAAUUCAAUAGUAUUUUGGAAUUUAAAGGAAAAAUGCAACUGCUAACAUCAAACGCAAGAACAUAUAACGGCUCAGAAUCAGCAAUAUUCCACAAGUCGUUGAACCUAACACACAUAAUAGCAUCAAAGGUGUCGUACAGAGUAAUGGUAAACCUAAUAAGAGUAAACGAUGAAGGUAAAGCAGCAAUAAUUGAUAAAUUAUUGUCAAAAUAUUUUAUAUGA